AUGGUCUCGUUGGCGCGGACAAUUCGGUCAAUCCGACGAGUAGGUCUCAAGGAAUGGUGGCAUCAGAUGCAGUACAUCGGUGACGCCAAGUCUGGCAGAUUUGUGGGCAAGGACCAGUUUGGCAACCGUUAUUUCGAGAAUCUCAACGCAGAGGAGGAGAUCCCUGGACGUCACCGAUGGGUCGACUUUGCUCAGCAUGACUUCAAUGCCACACAAGUUCCUCCCGAAUGGCACUCAUGGCUGUCACAUAUCCGCAAGGAUCCACCGACUGAGGAUCCUGUGGUGCAGAACCUGACUCCUCCGUGGAAGGCGCCAUGGGUUGAGAAUCUUACUGGAACUCGGGGAGCAUACAAGCCUUACAAUACUAUGAAGUCAAAGAUCGACGCUUGGGAGCCGAAGAUCAUCCCGCGUGGUGGACCAUAG